CCUACAUUUAAUCAUCACAGGGGGGGAAAAACCAAAGUAAGUCAUUGUUCAUGUGCACAUUACUGUUGUACAAUGAAAAAAUGACGUAUUGUUGUAAGAUAUGAUGAACACUUUCAAAAUAACCAUUACAAAAUAACCAUUUCAACUACUUCAAUUUAGGGUCAGCCACAACUUGGAGACUUUAGAUUAGCAGUAAGGAGGAGGUGAGUUUUUCAUACUUGGCAAAAAAGUGAGAGAAAGAGAAGCAAAAUCAGGGAAUCAAACAGCCAAAGAUCUUUUCUUUUGUUUCCCUAUCCCGACAUAUGCUCUCUAUCUUUCAAGUUCCAUAUCAGGAAUCAACGACAAAGGAAGAGCUUUGGUCAGCAUUAACAGCUGAAAAAAAGAACCCCCCCAAAAUUUGAUAAAGUGAAAAUCCCUCACCGUUUUUACUCAUUAGUCUUUUUUAUAACUCCCCUCAUAUGUUUCUGUUUCCUUCACUUUUUCGGUCAUCUCUCCAACCCUUCAAAGUUCAAAGUUCACACACACACACACACAAAGUAAGAGUGGUAAAAAGGGCACUUUCGCCAAAACCUCAAAAAACACUUCUAAGUUUUCAACUUUCAACCUCAACAAUACACUCUCCCCCCUCAAGUUCCCGGGUUGGGGAGUCCAACCAAAUUGACUCAUCAUUAUCCAUCAUCAUCAUUCAUCAUUCAUCAUAGCAAUAGCUUUCCCUCCUCAAAACAUCAAAAGAGACCAUCAUAAACUUCCCUACUCCUUUCACAACUUUUUUUUUUCCUUCAUCUUCUUCGCCUCGGAUCACCACCCCAAAUCAUAAAAAUCGAUUCUUUCGUUCUCCCUGUGAAGAACCCAACUCAUUUUUAAAUGGGUCUAUCGACUGUUUGAGUUUUUUUUCUCCAUUACUGAUUACACUACCUAAGAUCCUAGUCCUUUUUUUGGGCUUUCAUUCCUUUUAAAAAAGAAUUUCUGGGAUAGAGAGGAUGACGUCGGGGACGAGGCUACCGACGUGGAAGGAAAGGGAGAAUAACAAGAGAAGGGAGAGGAGGCGGCGAGCCAUUGCGGCGAAUAUAUUUGCCGGCCUCAGGAUGUUUGGGAACUACAAACUCCCAAAGCAUUGCGACAAUAACGAGGUUCUUAAAGCACUCUGCAACGAGGCCGGCUGGACUGUUGAGCCCGACGGCACCACUUACCGUAAAGGAUGCAAACCAGUGGACAGAUUGGAUUUUUUGGGUGGAUCAACAUCAGCAAGUCCAUGCUCAUCUUAUCAUCCAAGCCCUGGAACAUCUUAUAAUCCCAGUCCUGCCUCAUCUUCCUUUCCAAGCCCAGCUUCUUCACCUUAUACUGCUAAUCUGAAUGGUGAUGGCAAUUCUCUUAUCCCCUGGCUGAAAAAUCUCUCAUCUGCAUCAUCCUCGUCCUCGUCCUCCAAAUUCCAGCAUCUGUAUUUUGGUGGUUCCAUCAGCGCUCCUGUCACCCCUCCCUUGAGCUCUCCAACUGCCCGAACUCCACGAUUGAAAACUGACUGGGAGGAUUCCUCUGCUCGUGCAAGUUGGGGAUCUCACUGCCCCUACCUUCCCUUAUCUACACCUCCAAGCCCAGGGCGUCAAGCCCUCCCUGAUUCUGCGUGGUUUGCAGGAAUGCAAAUACCACACAGCGGACCAACAUCACCAACAUUCAGUCUUGUGUCUUCUACUCCAUUUGGCUUUAAAUUUGAAUCAAUGACACAAGGCAGUUCUCGCAUGUGCACUCCUGGACAAAGCGGUACCUGCUCGCCGGCUAUACCUGCUAGCUCAGAUGUCCCAAUGGCGGAAGUGAUAUCAGAUGAGUUUGCUUUUGGAAGCAUUAAAGGAGGCUUAGUUAAGCCAUGGGAAGGAGAGAGAAUCCAUGAAGAUUGUUCAGAUGAUCUUGAGCUCACUCUCGGGAGCUCGAAAACCAGGUACGCAACUUGUUUGAAUCUCGUUGAAUCAAACUAAUUACAGAUUUUUCCAAAAUGCUUUUGACCCCAACUUGUGAUCCCAGAUAAGAGAAAGCAUUGCUGAUCAGGGAGAGUCAGAUGAUGUUUGUUCCGGAGGUUUAAAAAAUGCGGAGUCCACUCGCCCCCUCAUUAGGCAUCACAUUAUAUGAUGUGUUAUCAAUUUGAUGAAGACUUUCUUGAAAUGAAGGUGAAGCUUUAAGUUAGUUUGUACCUAGCCUAAACAUUCCAAAUUCAGCAGUGUUGAGUUUUUUGGAAGCCCUGAAAUGGAAGUUAUCAGGUGGCCUUUCCCUUGAUUGUCUGCCCUGCCAGUGGAACCAAAUGUGAAGAAGACACUGUUGUAAUGUUGAAGUGUUUUUCCGUUUGCUUCAAGAAAGUGCAGCAGCUUCUGGCAUUAAUUAAAGUGCAUGCAUUCUCGUCUUAUUCUGGUCAUUCAUUUCAGUGUUUUUUUGAGUCUUGGAUUGUGGUCACUGAUAAUUACUUUCUUCAGCAGAAGCUUCCAAGUUCCAACCACUAGGCUGUAAUCGAAGAGCACAUAAAAUUGAAACUCUCGCAUGACCUGCAUCAUUUAUUUUUAUUUUUUUUGAAAAACUAAGAUUUAGUUUUUAAUAGCUAAACUUUUAAUACUGCAAAGUAGAUAGGAGUUUAGUUCAUUUAUCAAUCUGAUCACUAUUUUUAU